AUGACGAAGGUCGUGUUCUUCACUAGCGCCAUCGUGCUUGCAGUCCUUCUCCUAGGAACAGACCAUGCCCAAGGUACGCCUAGUUGUGAAGCAUGCAAAGCAGCUGUGAAUGCCUUGAGAGACCUUGGAACAGAUAUAACGGAGCGUUCUUGCCGUGAUGCAGUUGACCAAGAUGACGAAGACGUAUUGUGCGAGAGCCUGGCUGGAGCUGCCAAUGAAAUCAGUUCAAACUUAGUGACGUCGAAAGAAAUUUGUAAAAGCCAAGGGUUCUGUUCAGAUCCACCGUCUUAUCCCAGGAACGAUAUUGGCUUCCCAGAAGUUUCUCUAGACCCUGAAAUUGUGAGGGACACCGCUGUUGUAGCAGGAACAGCAGUGCUCAUAGGUGGGAUUGCUGCACUUUUGAUCGAAUUGUCACCUGUAUUGAUUCCACUCGUUAUGGUUGGUCGAAAGAGGCGUGCCAUUUCCUCCACAGAUUGGAAUCUACGAGAGAUCUACGACGAGGAAGAGUACGAUCAGUUCAGGAACCUGGACAACCCACCCAAUGCUGUCAAUGAUCUGUCUGAACGAUUGGAUGCUAACAUGACUGCAGCUGAAAUGAAACUGAUGUGUGAUGUGUGCAAACUCCGAAAAUCUCUCGAUCCCUCCAAUACCAAUGAGUCUGACGGGGAGGGUCGGUCUGAAGGGAUGAUCCUGUGCCGCGCACUUCCGUCAAAGAGGGACCAGCGAAAGUGUAUAAAGGACCUGCGUCAGAUCAUCGAGACCAUAGGAUCCUUAUUUGGUCCUGCUGAAUCUUGCCAGUUUCUCAGCUGCAUGGCGGAGUAGCCGUGUCUACAGGCCACAUUCAGUGUGGUCAAGAAGUUGCAAGUUGACAAAUGAAAAGAGUGCUACAAAAUACUUCUUGAAGGCAAAACUUGUUUGUCAAUUGGAUUUCAUUUGUUUAUGUCUCGAUUAUUACUUCAUCAACAUUAGCGUCGGUGUAAUAUUUGAAUGCAAAGUGCUUCAGAUUUGCUGAUCAUUUUUACAAGCAAUUAGUGACAUAAUAUUAUUAUGAAGUAAUAGCUAUAGAAAAUAACCAGUAUCCACUGUGGCAUGAGAAAGAAAGGAUUGCAUGAAAGAAUUGAAGUAACAGUUGCCAUUGCUCAAUAAUCAGUAAGGGGUGGGUUCUUUGUUUUUUUUUGUUUGUUUAUAAUUUCUCUUUAUCUAAGAAUCUCUUUCUUUAAAAAAUGUAAGAUGCAUCUUUCAAAGGAGAAGUCACUUAUUCCAUUAGAUAAGUUUGUUUAUGAUGAUAUCAUUUGUCACACUUUGAAUACAAAAUGCAAAUUUCCCACAAAUGUCAUAAAAAUGAAAUCUCUGAAGCUUAAUGAUUAAAGUAUAAUCGCAAUUGUAUAAAUAAAAGCAAGUUUAAGUUUUGCUUACUUUACGAGACUGUAAUAUAUGCGCAAUACGGGCAAUAUGCAAAUGAGGUUACCAAUAAUGUGACGCACACACACUAUGUUUGAAAAAAAAAUAUUUCUAUAAUGUUACUCUACAUGUUCAGGGGGGACAUGGGGGAAUUGAAUCUUGUUCCACUUUACAAUGAGGAAAAAUUUAAACAUUUUUUUAUCUCACGUAACAAAAUACAGAAAAAAAUAGUGAGUGGAUGACCCCAUGAA